CACAACUGGUGCGCGCCGCCGUUGCUGCGGAAUUGACAGGGCUGCGGUCGGCGCAAGAGCAGAACCCAACACCUACCUAGAAGAUAAUGAACAACAAAUUUGACGCCCUGAAAGAUGAUGACAGCGGAGACCAUGACCAGGACAACAGCUCACCGAAUGACGGGGAGACGGACAGAAAUGACGAAGAUGACAAGGAUUCAAACACUACCAAGAGAAAGGCAGUGGUCCCAGGGGCUGGUGAACACCCUCUUCAGUACAACUACACGUUCUGGUAUUCUCGUCGCACACCGGGACGACCAGCCAGCACACAGAGCUACGAACAGAACAUCAAACAGAUUGGCAGCUUUGCUUCGGUGGAGCAGUUCUGGCGUUUUUAUAGUCACAUGAUCAGACCAGGUGAUCUGACUGGCCACAGUGAUUUCCACCUGUUUAAGGAAGGAAUCAAGCCCAUGUGGGAGGAUGAUGCCAAUAAGAGUGGAGGUAAAUGGAUCAUUCGGCUGCGUAAAGGCCUGGCAUCACGUUGCUGGGAAAAUCUGAUCUUGGCCAUGCUGGGGGAGCAGUUCAUGGUUGGCGAGGAGAUCUGUGGGGCCGUCGUGUCUGUUCGUUUCCAGGAGGAUAUCAUUUCUAUCUGGAAUAAGACAGCCAGUGACCAGGCCACCACUGCACGCAUUAGAGACACUUUACGCAGAGUUCUCAAUCUGCCUCCAAAUACCAUUAUGGAGUAUAAAACACACACCGACAGCAUCAAAGCUUGGGAGGAUUUCCAUGGUCUUGUAAAUGCAAGUGGAGGCCGCUAGAUUUUCAUUCUGAGAGUGUGUGAUAGGGACGUGUCCAAGGACGAUAACCUGAUAAUUGAUUUUCUGUUUUAAAACAAACAAAAAGUGACAUCAUGAAAAUGGUCUUCAUGAGACAUUUUACUGUGGACGACUUCUGGAUUCAGUUGUUUAUCAUCCGAACACAUCACCUGAAAGCUGUCAUAGAAGAGGCAGGAACCAAAUCAUCUAAAUGCAAAAGAAUGUUUUCUGCUGAGCCAAUGGGCUGAGAUAUCAGAGAGAAAUGGAGGAAGCCAGUGGGACCACAUAGUUCAGCCACUGUGACAUGAACUAAUGGCUGGGAUCUGCCAACAGUUGUUCUGAAGUUUUAACAUGGCCUUGUGUAGUAGUCACAUUUACCUGAAUUAGCAUCUGAAUAACAAAAAAAGGGCAGAAAGACAGAAUAUGUUUAGGUCACACUGAUGGGACAAUUUUACUAGUGCAGUAUUUUAGCUACAGUGUUAAUUGUUUUAACUUAGAACUGUUGUACAAAAAAAGAAUUAUAUUUCUAAACCUAUUUGGAGAGAUCUAUAAUGGAAACGUUUUAUUUCUCCUGAGUUGAGAGAGUGAAAACCCAAAGGACAAUGCCCUCCCUGGGGUGGGCAUGGUGGGUACCAAGCUGCCUGAUUCACUGUGCCUGGCCUGUAGGCCUUCGCCUCUGGCAAAACGGAUCACUGAUUUUUAAAAUCACUCAACAUCCUGGUAUUCUGAUGGGGAAGGGAUACUGGAGGUAUCAGAGUGGCAUCAUUGCUCCAGUGUUCUUUCAAGAGAAGAACCCCAAGCUCUGGUCUAGAAUCAUUUGAAACCACUCAAACAUAAUUCACAGAUAUGAAUGCUAACAUUGAUCUGGAGUUAAUGGGGGCUGAAUGGGCUCUAGUAUCAACACAUACUUUAUAUUGCCUGAAAUUCAGUGCUGGACAAAGUUGUAUUUGAGGUAUAUAAACAGGGAAAUGGAAAGUUGGUUUGUAAUUAAGAUUGAUCAUAGCAAUAAAUGUUGAUUAUGCAUCUGCUGCUAAUUUCCAACU